AUGAUCCGGGACUUCUUGCAGUUGAACCCGCGAUCGUUCGACUCUACUCCUGAACCGCUGGAUGCAGAUGAUUGGGUGCGCGAUGUCAACCGCAUGCUCAACACAGCGGGAGUCGCUCCAGAAGACAAAGUGCGGUUUGCGACUCACCUACUGAAAGGAGGGUCCGCAACAUGGUGGGAGAACUUUCUCGAGAUGCGUCCCGCUAAUGCUCCUGAUGUCACUUGGGAAGAAUUCAGGGAAGCUUUCAGAAGUCACCACAUUCCUGAAGGGCUAAUGGACAGGAUGAAGGAGAAAUUCCUCAAUCUUGUUCAAGGCAACAAAGACGUGAUGGCAUACAGCAUCGAGUUCUCAAGGCUAGCUCGCUAUGGGGGCGAAGAAGUGUCUACUGAUGCCAAGAAGCAGAAGAGGUUCCGUAAUGGCCUCAAGCCGGCACUCAAGUACGCGCUCACUCAUGUCUCGAUGGACACCUUUGACAAGCUGGUCAACACUGCUAUCAAGGAAGAGUCGGGUAGGCUUGCGUUCGACGAGUCACGCAAGCAUACUCGAGAGGUUGGUGCUCCUUCAUCAGCGCCGCCUCAGAAGCGAAGGUUGUGGGUUCCUUAUCCCGCACCACCAGGACAAGCUACACAAGCUGGGUAUGCUCCCCGCGCAGCACACGCUGGGUAUGCUCCCCGCCCUCCCACCCCACAGCUUCAGCAGAGGACCUACCAAGCUCCGCCAAGGCCUGCUUAUGGUGGACCAAGGCCGAUGGGUCCACGUGCCGAUCCCACAUGCUACAAGUGUGGUCAGGUUGGGCACAUCUCUACCUUCUGCCCUCAAAAGCUACCUCCACCACCACCUCGCUCUACUGCAACAAAUGUGAUGGUUCGUGCACCAGCUCAGGGCCGUGCCUUCAACAACAACACCAGGCAAGGUCCGAGGGCUGCUCGCGUCAACAACAUCAACGUUGAGCAAGCUGAAAAAGCUACCGACGUCGUGCUUGGUACUUUGCUUGUUAACUCCAUUCCUGCAAGAGUUCUGUUCGAUACAGGAGCUUCUCUAUCUUUUGUGUCUGAUAGUUUUGCUCAAAGUAACAACCUCCCUAUGGAAAGCUUACCGUCUAAUCUCUUGGUUCAUUCUCCCAGAGGACAAAUGUUAUCUUCCAAGAUAAGUCAUGGCAAUCAAAUUCAGAUUGGAAGCCAUGUGUUCCUUGCGUCCCUCAUCGAGCUUAGAUCUUCUGGCAUUAAUGUCAUCCUUGGCAUGGAUUGGUUGAAGGCCAACAAAGUUGUCAUUGAUUGCGCCGAGCAUUCAGUUUCUCUUCCUACUUCAACAGGAUUCUUGACCUAUACACCUUCCCAAACACCUUCCGUUCAGCUCUUUGCUUUGAAUCCUAGUUCUCUUCCGGAGCUUGAGUCUACACCGGUGGUUUGCGACUUUCCUGAUGUCUUUCCUGAAGAACUUCCAGGUAUGCCACCUGACAGGGCUGUUGAGUUCGUCAUUGAACUAGAGCCUGGAACAGCUCCUAUCUCAAAGCGGCCAUACAAAAUGGGUCCCAAUGAGUUGGCUGAACUCAAGAAGCAGCUUGACGAGUUGCAAAAACUUGGUUUCAUUCAGCCAAGCACUUCUCCAUGGGGAUGUCCUACCAUCUUCGUGAAGAAAAAGGAUAAAACUGAUCGAUUGGUGGUUGACUACCGGCCUCUCAAUGAGAAAACGAUCAAGAAUACAUAUCCUCUUCCUCGCAUCAAUGAUCUCUUUGAUCAACUUGCGGGUGCAACUGUGUUCUCUAAGAUGGAUUUGAGAAGUGGUGCUGUCCUCAUGCAAGAACGUCAAGUUGUGGCGUAUACUUCUCGUCAGUUGAAAAAGCAUGAACUCAACUAUCCCACACAUGAUCUUGAGCUUGCGAAUGUGAUGUUUGUCGCCGUGUCAAAGCAGAACAUCAGAGACCUGCCGGUGUCCUCCAACCCCUGA